GGAAGGAGAACAUCUCAUCUUGAAAUGUCUUUGUUUUCCUGUUCAAUCUAGAAAACUUAAUUUGCCAGCCACUGCUCUGUCAGCAGCUCAGGAAAGAGGUUUUGAGCUACAGGGCUAUGGAUUUGAAGCUGCUCCAGAGCAACUGAGAAGGCCACGUGUCGUUCGAGUAGGACUGAUACAAAAUAAAAUUCCGCUUCCCACUGACACGGCCGUGGCAGUCCAGGUGGCAGCACUGCACAGACGAAUUGAGGAGAUUGUGGAAGUAGCUGCAAUAUGUGGGGUCAACAUAGUUUGUUUCCAGGAGGCUUGGACCAUGCCCUUUGCUUUUUGUACAAGAGAGAAGCUUCCUUGGACUGAAUUUGCUGAGUCAGCAGAGGAUGGACCAACAACAAAAUUCUGUCAAGAGCUGGCAAAGAAAUACAAUAUGGUUGUGGUAUCUCCAAUCCUGGAGCGAGAUGAAAUACAUGGGGGAACUCUGUGGAAUGCUGCAGUGGUCAUUUCUAAUUCUGGAGCUGUCCUUGGCAAAAGUAGGAAAAAUCACAUUCCAAGAGUUGGAGAUUUCAAUGAGUCUGCUUACUAUAUGGAAGGAAAUACAGGACACCCGGUGUUUCAGACACAGUUUGGAACAAUUGCUGUGAAUAUCUGCUAUGGGCGCCAUCACCCUCUGAACUGGCUCAUGUUUAGUAUAAAUGGAGCAGAGAUAAUCUUUAACCCUUCAGCCACUAUUGGAACACUCAGCGAAUCACUGUGGCCGAUUGAAGCAAGAAAUGCUGCCAUCGCUAACCACUGCUUUACAUGUCCCAUCAACAGGGUAGGAACGGAAUACUACAAAAAUGCCUUUACUUCUGGAGAUGGUGGAAAAGCACACCAUGACUUGGGCCAUUUUUAUGGCUCAAGUUACGUAGCUGCACCAGAUGGCAGCAGGACCCCAGGACUCUCUCGCACUCAGGAUGGACUUCUGGUGGCAGAGAUGGAUCUAAAUCUUUGCAGGCAAGUCAGUGACAAAUGGAAUUUUAAGAUGACGGGUAGAUAUGAAAUGUAUGCAGAGAAGCUCACUGAAGCCGUCCAGCCUUAUUUUAUGCCCAAUAUAAUCAAAGAGUAA